AUCACAAAGGGGACGCUUUGGAAUUUUUAUAAAUCUCAUCUAGGGCUUGUUCCUUUGUCCUCCUGAUCACAAGUAGGUGAGGUCUGGCCUGGGCAUCUAAAGCAGAUAACUGACCUUGAACGGAUCUGGAAACUGUUGUUUACCCUUUGGAGGAGAUUAUGGGCACCAUGGCAUCUGGGGAGACUGUAGAGCUGCUCCAUCAAGAAAUGACAUGUCCCAUCUGCCAAGGCUACUUCAAGGACCCGGUGAUUCUAGACUGCGGGCACAACGUCUGCCAGGGCUGCCUCAACCACCACCAGAGAGGGUUUGGCAUGACUGCUUGCUGCCCCCAGUGCCCAGAAAGUGAUCAACGGAAGAGCUUCAAGACCAACUGGCAGCUGGCUAAAGUGGUGGAGCUGGUUAAAAAACUCCACGGAGAGGAGAGAGUCGAGCAGCAAGUUUGUGCCAAGCAUGAAGAGCCCCUGGACCUCUUCUGCAAGGAGGAUCAGGUCCCCAUCUGCAUGGUGUGCAGGAGGUCCAAAGAGCACUGAGAUCAUGACAUUUGCUCUAGGGAGGAGGAGGAGGAGAAGAAGGAGGAAUCAUCAACCAAGGCAUGUAAGGGCUUGCUUUCCAAGCCUUUGACAGUUUUGGUCGCCCUUUUCUGGUCACCUUCCGGCUUGUCAAUUUCCUUCCUAAACUGCGAUGCCUAGAGCUGGACACAUUGUCAUUCCAGGUUAAUUUCAAUCAGGCAAUCCGGUACUUAAAGAUGGAAGAGGCGGAAUUGUUGGGGCUUUGUCUGGAAAGGGGGCUUGACAGGGAAGGCCUCAGCAUUGAUGAAUUGAGGGUGAUCCUCAUCCAGCAAGCCAGCCAGCUGGAAACAGCCACGGCGAAGUCCAAUGCCAAGAGGACACAAGCCUGUGGGGCAGGGCUCCAAGUGCAGAAAAACAGUGAACCAAAAGAAAAGACACAAUUCAUAAAGCUAAGGAUGAGGCAAAAGGAGCAACUCACAGCUCAGGCAAAUGAGAGGAAGAGUGAAUUCAAACGCGUUUACUUGAAGGAGAGGCAAGCCAACAAACCCGUCUCUUGGGUCUUCCCAUGUUUUUCCCCAGGGGAAAACCCGGCCCGCUUCCUUGCCGCCUUUGAGAGGACCUGCAAGCAGUGGAACAAGUCUGAAGAGGACUCUAUGGAAUAUCUUCCUGGCUUGCUCAGAGGGCGUUUGGCAGAUGUGUACCAUGAGAUGUCCAGACAGAACCCUGUUACUCUUCAAGCCUUCAGAGAGGCUGUCUUCGAGCGGUUUAGCUUUGAUCCUGAUUACUUCUGUGAGGAAUUCUGGGCCUUGAAACCCCAGCAUGGAGUCUCCUUACUUGAAUUUGGGACAAAGCUAGAGGAAACAUUGAGCUGGUGGAUGGAUACUGCCAAGGCGGAUGAUUGGGAGAAAGUGAUCCGCUUGGUGGCGCUGAACCGGUUCUGUUCCCAUCUCCCGGAUGAGAUAAAGCAUUCUGUCAAGGCAAAAGCCCCAAAGACCAUCUCCCAGGCAGCUAAAAUUGCAAACCAACUGAUGCUCAGUCGAGAAGAACAGCAGCAGGUGAGCCUGAAUGUGGCCAAUUCGCAGGAGUUUAAAAAGAGAGCUUGCUCCACUUGUGGGGAAAGGGGGCACUUGAAGACUAGUUGCCCUUCCUCUUCCAAGAAGGUAUACAGAGUGACCGCAUUUUCCAUCUGUGGAGAGGAGAGGAGCCCCACUGAUUUAGCUAUGCAACCAGUAUUACUCGGGAACCAGCUAGUGAUAGCACUGUUGAGCACUGGAUCAGAAUUCUCGGUGGUCCGCUCCGAUUUAGUGUCCCCAUAUGAUAUUGUCCCUGGGGAGUCUGUUGUUGUCCAGUCAAUAGAUGGCAGCAUUUCCUCCCUUCCGGUAGCAUGUUUGCAGAUGAACUGGAAGAAAACGAAUGGCCUUGAGGAUUUCGGAGUGAUUGAUAAUCUGUUUGUGCCUCUCAUUUUGGGGAUAGAUAUGAUAUUCCAGAGCUGUGGCGCUUUCUCCUGGGGUCCCGAAGGUUUCAUAUUCUCCAAGUAACCUAAAAUCACCCAUUCACAAAAGCCUGCCUGCUAGAAGUCACAGGUGGGAAAUUCUGGCUCCAAAAAAAGGAUGUGGAUUCCAAAGAAGACUAUCAUAGCUGCAUCAGGAGACAUAGCUGUGAUGAUUUCCUGUCCAAAUCUGAGACCUAAAAGUUCCUCGAAAAGGGUUCCCUCAUGUAACAACUUAGCACAAAAAGAGAUGGGGGGGAGAGACCCUAACAAAUAGGGGGGGGGGGCUGAUUGUUUAUCCAUAUAUACUUUCUCUUGUUGUCUAUUCUGCUAUUUUCUGCUUUCAGUAAGUAUACAACACAAUACUUAUUGGAAUAAUUUAACAAGGAUAAUUUAGAAAUUAAUUUCUUUUUUGCAGCCAUUAAGGCAUAACAAAGUUACAUUUCUACAAUGGGGAUGACUUCUUUUGUGAGGUAGUUAACUUUUUACUUUAUUUUUGUAGUUAUCUGAAGUAUGUAUCUUCAUUACUUCACACUUACUAAUACUAAAUGUUUGUUAUUACUGAUUUAGUUACAUCUUAAAAUUAUGAGUUUUUGCAUGCUUUGUAUUUGUUUGUAUCUGCUUUAAGUUGUAAACCAACCUGACUGCAAAAUGACUACUACUAAUAUAUCAAUAAAUGCAAUAAAUAAAAGCAACAAUGACAAUGA